UGAGGGCGCUCUCAACAUUUCCGCAAGUGACCACUGAAUUAUAAUUUUGUAAAUAAAGUCUGUAAUUAAAGUCUUUAUUUAUAAUUCAGUGCAAAUGACACCUUGCCACGUCUCUUUUUUAUGGUUAAUAAGGUGUCUAUCGAAACACAAGAUAACUGACUCAACGAGGAAACAUGGCAGAAAGUGACAGCCUUGAGGCUAUCGACAGAGACUUAAAAGAAGUUGUGGAUUACUGCGAGUCUGCUGGCCUCGACUCAGAGCAAGUCGCCGCAGAUGCGAAGCUACUCUUGUCCGCAGCACAAAAACAUGAAGACUCCUCCAGUUUUCAAACAUUGACCAAAAAGGUUUUAUUUGUAACGGUCGCUGUUACUUUGGUAGCUUUUUUGCUGCAGAAUGCAUGGACAUUCCGGUGGUUGUCGGUGGCUGGGAAAACGUUCCAGAUGAAGAUUUUACCAUACUGGGACUGGACAAAUUUGUACCAUGAAGAGUGCAUCGUCGCUAACCCAUAUAUGGUGGUAGAGAAACUUACUGAAGAAGAUUGCGAGGUGUGUGAGACCUACGACGAACUGGAUGUUGUGCACAACAUCAGUAUCAAAGAGAUCACCGAGGAUUACCUGUUUGACAAUAUUCCAUUCAUUGUGACGGAUGCCACCCAGAACUGGAAAGCAUUCAAAGAAUUCAACUUUGACUCCUUUAAAAACUUGUAUACGACAAACGAGGUCCUUAGGUCACAUGACGUCUGUGAAUAUAAAGAAAGCAACAGUCAAAGACUGGCUGAGAUAUUGAGAUGUAGCGAUUGCCCCUUCCAUGCCAUGUGGCUUAACUGUAAGCUGCCAGCCAUCAAGGUCUUUCGCAGCUUCUACUAUCGGCCCUACUUCCUCCCGCCGAUGGUAGAAUCGGCCCUCGAGAAUUUUGUGGCCUUCUCGUCUGGUCGGUCUGAAUCGUCAGAAGAGUUCUUGAUUUACUAUACAAGCGACGACUUGACCUGGUUUGCUCAGAUUAGAGGCACCUACCUGAUUCAGCUCAGACCCAAGGCCCCUUGUGAAGAAUUAUGUGAGACGCUGGAAAUCAACCUUCAAGAAGGACAGACAAUCGUACUGACCAACGAGAUGUGGGAGUUGUGGUUUGCGCCAUCAAAUGAGUCUCCAGCAAUCGCCUUUGGAUCAACAGGAAGAUGGGACAGCUAAGAAACAGCCUGGAACUGAAAUCUCCGAUUGAGAAACCCAUCAGAGAAAGUCGUUGGCCCAAUGGGUGGAUCUCCACUCUCGGCUCACAAUGCCAUGCUGUCUCAUGAUCAUUCGUUUGCACUGUGAUCAAUUGCUUGCAGAGUCAAAGAUGGACCGGUGGCUGCAUACAUCCACUGAUAGCACAACACUGUCAACUGACCAACAGCCCAAGUACACAAGCCACUGUGGAGUUUGUGGCCUUCAAUAGAAUCUUGUACAGUGUGAAUCAAAAUGGAACUCUCAGCAUUUGUACUUUUUUACCCACAUCAUGCCCAUAUUUGUCAUAAUACAAAGUCAUUAUAAUAAGUACUAAUGGAAAAUUUGUAAUGCCCCGUCAGUCAAACCAAACUGCCUGAUACAUCCAAAGAGAUAGACUGUUAAUUUUCAUCAGUGUCAUCAUUUGAAGUUUUGUUCUUAAAUAUUUUGUCACUCUUGUCUGGUCCUUUAUUUAUGUGUUUUAUGUUUAUUUAAUCAUUCUAAUUAAGAACUAUUGAUUUGAUUACUAUUUGACAUUUUAUCCAAUUUUCAUAUAGAAUUCCGUUGGACUAUUACCCAGUUUGUUCAUUUUCCUCCUUUGUUUUAAAUUGUUUUAUAUAAAUUUUUGAGUUUGAUCAGGGCCCUUAAGAAAAAUCGUUUUGUUUAAUGACAAAGCUACCCUGUGGAAAUAAAACAGAUAUAUAAAGUGCUGUUAGUUAUUUCUAAUGCCAGCUAAAACGAAAUUUCUGGGGAAAAAAGCCUCGGGACCCCUGUGGGAUGCAGUCAAGUAAAUGUACUUCAUAAAUGUAAUAAUGUAGAGGAGGUGAUUGCCAUUGAAACAACAGGCAAUAUAUCAAAGGCCAGUUAGAUAUAAACCACUAGAACUGAAUAUGCAUGUUUUCUUGCAUAAGUCUGGUAUACUACGCAGCACAGUCUUGGAAGUAAUCAAUUAACCCUAACCCUCCUCAAUCCUUCACCUGUUGGAGGACUGAGGAGUGUUAGGGUUAAUAUGAGUCUUUAGAAACGUUUUCUUUUUUUGUGGUAUUUUUUGCUUUGAGCUUCAAAACUUUUCACGGUGAAGGUAAGUUGGGUAGAAAGGUUUCUGGUAGGGAUACCUCUUUUUUUGAGUGUGUGCUUAUCUGGCUCUUUUCAGAGCUUAUCAAUUUUCAGCUGCGAACUGUUGAAGUAGACGAUUAGUUUAUUGCUGAAACAUUAAGAUGGUGUGUGUUAUUUGAAAUAUAUCACAAAUGUUUCGAAAGCUAAGAUCUAUCAUCGCAGCAAGAGUGCAGUACUAAGUUAGGAAAGGGUUUGUAAACACUUUAUCAGCAUCUUUAAGUUAUUUUAGUUGAAAGAUAACGAAGGUUGUGGUAGAUCCGUGCACACGUUUUGCGUUUCUGAUAACUGGAGCUUAAAAGCUUCCAAAACGAUCUGUUUGUCUUCGGGAGUAACAACUUCACUACUCACAGAUAUGAUCUGUGCAUCUGGUGCCAUGACACUUUGUUACUCAAACUGGGUAGACAUUGUUGAGUCUUACACACCCCGUUACCUUGCCAGAAUCUAACACACUGCUUUCUAGUCUGAUCCUGUGUGGAAAUAGCUAAAUGAUAUUAGCCAUUGUUAAUGCAUUUCUUAACCCUAACCCCCUAGGGUGUAUGUAAAAUCGUAUUGAAAUUGGAGGAUUUGGGACUGUUAGGGUUAAGGUGAAACAAUUUAAGCUUGUUCCUGUCAAAGCAAAGACACGGCUUUGUGCUGAGAACUUUGAGGGAUUGAUGGGGAAAUUUAUAAAUUUCUUGGAUGCUAGGAAUUUAAAAACGUUCACUUGGAUCAUUUGGAUGAAACUGACCUACUGCAACUCCACUACAAAUGCACAAAGUCGACGUUUGAUUGACAAUGAAAUUUUGCAGUGUUCUCUAAAUAUCCAAUUUCUGAAAUUAAUGUCUUUUCUUAGCUAAUUUGUAUAUUUGCUUACCACCUCUUCCCUUUUAAAUUUACCAUUUUUUAGAGGUUCAGUAGAAACAAGAGACUUGGAUGCAAUCUUGGAAAUUUCUUCUCUUGCCUUGUUUCAAUUAUGGCAAAAAAAUUUAAAAUACUGAUACAUUUACCAAAGGUAAAUUUCGGUUAUUUGAUACGAAUGUGUGUUUGAUCUUGUUCAUGCAUUUCUAAAAACAUGCAAAAAAUGAGCAGUUAGUAUUAAAUUCACCUCUGGAAAUGAUUGGAAUUUCAA